AUGGUAAAUGUUGGAUGGCCAAUAUUUUUCCUAUUCAAAUACAUUUCAUUUGCAUCAUAAUGCAUGAUUCAGAUAAAAAUAAUAAAUAAUAAUGCACUCAAUAUAAAAUUCUAACUUAUUCCUUGAACUAAUAGAACAAAAUUCCAGAAAAACAAAUUCUCCACAGAUACAAUACAAGAGCCCGUUCUAAGAUCAUGGGGGACGAGCAUUCAGAGAGGAUGGAUAAGAUUGAGAAGAAGCAAGAAGAAAUCAUGGGUCAGUUAUCAAAAAUUUUGGAGUUAAUAUCUACAGAUAAAGGAAAGAAAGCGGCAGGGAGUUCUGGUACACCAGAAGACGUUCAACAGACAGAAACCAAUACAGACCCCGUGUAUCCACCAGGAUUUACACCUCCACCUGCAAGGAAUGCUUCUAUUCCCAUGCCAUCCAUGGGUCAAUAUCCAUUUUUUGGGAUGCCAAUAGGACCACCACCGACUUAUGCUCAACAAAGGCCAAUUGGAGGGGCAAGUCCUUCAGAUCCCAUCUCUGUACCUGAUCUGGAUGAUCCAAAGGAACAAGAGAAGCUCAAAUGUGGAUCCGUUGAAUCGAAAGAUAAUCCUGAUACCCAUCAAAAAUUUGACCUUUUUGAGGAAAGACUGCGCAUGGUAGAAGGAAUGGGAAUGUAUUGUUCUAUGGAUGCAAUUGAGCUUUGUCUGGUUCCAGAUGUGGUUAUACCCCCAAAGUUCAAAGUUCCAGACUUUGAGAAGUAUGAUGGAACCAAGUGUCCGGUCACACAUAUCACCAUGUAUUGUAGAAGGAUGGCCGCAUAUGCUCAUGAUGACAAACUCUUGAUACAUUGCUUCCAAGAUAGCCUUACUGGUGCUGCAGCAAAAUGGUACGUCCAACUGGACCGCAAUCGAAUCCACACGUGGAAAGACCUUGCUCGGGCGUUUGUAGCUCAGUAUAAGCACGUUACAGAUAUGGCUCCGGAUCGCCUUUCUUUACAAAACAUGGAGAAGAAAACCACUGAAAGCUUCAAAGAAUACGCUCAAAGAUGGAGGAAUGUGGCCUCUCAAGUUCAGCCACCAUUGACUGAGAAAGAAACCACUGUAAUGUUUGUUAACACCUUGCGAGCCCCUUACUAUGAACGAUUGGUUGGUAGUGCCACAAAGAACUUUGCUGAUAUGGUGAUUUCGGGAGAAAUGAUAGAAACUGCCAUUAAGCAAGGGAAGAUAGAAGGAGGUGAUAUGGCAAACACAAGGAAAGGGGGAACUUUCAAGAGGAAAGAGGGAGAAGCCCAAGCCAUCACUUCAGGACAACACCAAGGAGGAACAUACAACCUUUACCAGCCAUACCUACCAUACCUCUAUUACCCAACUGUGAACAACACUUCACAAAGCCCAUACCUAUACCCGCCUAUGCCAAAUGCCUUCCCUAACCCGUACCCAUAUAAUCCCAUCCAACGGACGCCUUACCCCACAAAUAUUCACCCACCUACUUCCAUACCUGUUACAGCUUCAACCACACAACAAACAACACCUUCAAACAACCAUACUACCGGUGAAUCAAGAGGAUGGCGAAACAAGCAAGAGAAAGUGCAGUUUGACCCAAUCCCAAUCCCAUAUGCUGAACUCUUCACUCAAUUAGUUGCAAACCAUCUAGUGGCACCUUUAUACAUAGAGCCAUUAAAACCUCCAUUCCCGAGAUGGUAUGACACUUCUGCCCACUAUGAUUAUCAUUAUGGAAUCGAAGGUCACUCGAUCGAGAAUUGCAUGGCAUUCAAGCAUAAGGUGCAAGGUUUGAUCAAGGCAGGAAUCCUGAACUUUGAAAAAAAGUCGGAACAGAAUGUUAACAACAACCCACUGCCAAAUCAUGCUGGGGCAGGGGUAAAUGUAAUCGAAAGGGAGGUGUAUGUUAAAAGGAACAUUCGGGAAGUGGAAACCUCCAUGAAGAAAGUAUUUGAAGCCUUGGUAAAAGCCAAUAUGCUCGAGGUUUGGCCGAAAUGUCCUAAUGUGAAUGACUCAGGAGAUAUCCAAAGACUAUGUUGCUUGUAUCAUAAAGGAUGUGUGGGGCAUUUAAUCCAGGAUUGUAGUUCUUUCCGGAAAGAAGUGCAAAGAAUGAUGGACAAAUCAAAGAUCGAGUUUUAUAUGGAAGCUUUAGAGUCAGCAGUAAACAUGAUAUCCAAGGAGUCCACUCACCCAAUGAAGAUAAAACCUUUAACCAUUUUUUACGAACCAAAAGGAGAGUUUGUGGAGGACAAAACCCAUGCCAAGAUGAUCAUCGAACUCCCUAAACCCUUCCCCUACAAAGACGACAAAGCUGUCGAUGAUCUCCCUAAACCCUUCCCCUACAAAGACGACAAAGCUGUCCCAUGGAACUAUAACUGCAGUGUACAAGUUUCAAAAGUGGAGAAAUGGAUAGCUGAAUCUCAAGAUGAUGCUGCAAAUAUAAUUGGUGUUAGAGGGAUUACCCGCAGCGGACGUUGCUAUUCACCGAAAGCAUUCGAGAAUCUCAAGAAUGAGAAGGGAAAGGAAAAAGAGCGAAGUCCGAGAGAAGAAAAGACGGAAAAAGAAGCUGCCGAGUUCCUCAAGUUCAUCAAACAUAGUGAGUACAAUGUAGUCGAGCAAUUGAACCGGUUGCCCGCUCGUAUUUCACUACUAUCUUUGCUCCUCAGCUCAGAACCACAUAGGAACUCUCUGAUGAGGAUUCUGAACCAAGCAUAUGUGGAUCACGAUAUCUCAGUUGAAAAUUUGGACUACAUCAUUGGGAACAUUUCGGUGGGUAACAUAAUAUCCUUUAGCGAUGAAGAAAUCCCUUCUGGAGGUAGAGGAAAUUACAAAGCCUUGCAUAUCAUUACCAAGUGUAAAGGCCGUACCGUCGCAAAGGUACUGCUUGACAACGGAUCGUCCUUAAAUGUGAUGCCCAUGAGGACCUUGGCCCGUUUACCCAUCAACAUGUCCUACAUGCGAAAGAGUCAGAUGAUCGCGAGAGCCUUUGAUGGAACAAGGAGAGAAGUAGUAGGGGACAUUGAGAUACCGGUAGAAAUUGGCCCAUGUACCUUUACCAUUGAAUUCCAAGUUAUGGAUAUCGCUCCUUCAUACAAUUAUUUGUUGGGAAGACCUUGGAUCCAUAUGGCUGGGGCCAUACCUUCAUCUCUUCAUCAGAAGGUCAAGUUCAUCGUGGAAGGAAAGAUUGUCUGUGUUAACGGGGAAGAGGACUUACUCAUAAGCAAGCCAGCAAAUACUCCUUACGUGGAAGUGGCGAAAGAAGUGCCUAAAUGUUCCUUCCGAUCCUUCGAGUUUGUUAACACCACAUAUGUUGGAGAAGGAACCACACCGCUUAUUCCGAAGCUUUCCAAAACCACUAAGAUGGUUGUCAGUCAGAUAUUAGGAAAAGGAUACCGAGCGGGGGCAGGAUUGGGAAAAGAACUACAAGGCAUUAGAAGUCCCAUACGUACUACCAAAAAUGAAGAAAGGUUUGGCCUGGGGUAUAAGCCAACUAAGAAGGAAAGAGAAGAAAUGAUAGCUGAAAGAAGAAAGGAAAGGUUGGCUCGCUUUAAGGGGCAUGAGUUGGAAAUCCAAGGAAUGACAUAUCCUAAUCUUUACGAGACAUUCCGAUCUGGAGGUUGCAUCUUUCCUGAAUUACUCACCGUUGGGAGCCGAGAAUCAGUGUCAGCUUUAGGGGAAGCCUUUUCUGAUUUAUCAAUAUGUGCAACGGAGGAAGGUGAAGAACAGUCAGAAAAUAUGGAUGGGAUUCCUACUACAUACCUCGGGCCACCGAAUCUAAAGUUGAGCAGCUGGACCACCAUGAGUUUACCACUCUACAUAUUUCAAUUCCCUUUACCUUCCAGGAUUCCAAAUAAUGAAUGCGAAGAUGAUAAUGACAGUGGUUUUGAAGUUGAUUUUGAAAAAGGUACAAGUGUCAGUGAACUUGACAAUACAGAAAACGUGGAGGAUUAUGAUUUAACUCCGGACUUGUUAAGACUAGUAGAACAGGAGGGGAGACAAAUUGUCCCACAUCAAGAGACACUUGAAACGAUUAAUUUGGGAAAUGAAGAAAAUAAGAAAGAAGUUAGAAUUGGUGUGACGUUGGUGUCAAUGGAAAAAGAAAAACUAAUAAAGCUACUUCAUGAAUAUGUAGAUGUGUUCGCAUGGUCUUAUCAAGAUAUGCCAGGACUCAACACAGACAUUGUAGCCCAUAAACUGCCUUUGAAACCUGAAUGCAAACCGAUUAAGCAAAAGUUGAGAAGAAUGAAACCUGAAAUGCUGUUGAAAAUUAAAGAAGAGGUGAAAAAGCAGUUCGAUGCAGGAUUCUUGGAAGUAGCUAAGUACCCUGAAUGGGUUGCAAAUAUUGUCCCAGUUCCUAAGAAAGACGGGAAGGUGAGAAUGUGUGUGGAUUAUCGAGACUUGAAUAGAGCUAGCCCAAAAGAUAAUUUUCCUCUUCCCCACAUUGACACCCUUGUUGACAAUACUGCUCGCCAUUCCAUGUUUUCCUUUAUGGAUGGCUUUUCAGGGUAUAACCAAAUUAAGAUGGCACCAGAGGAUAGAGAGAAAACUACCUUCAUAACUAUGUGGGGGACCUUUUGUUAUAAGGUAAUGCCAUUUGGUUUGAAGAAUGCCGGGGCAACUUAUCAGCGAGCUAUGGUGACUCUCUUCCAUGAUAUGAUGCACAAAGAGGUUGAGGUGUAUGUGGACGAUAUGAUUGUAAAAGCUCGCAAAACAGAGGACCAUGCGACCAAUCUUGAAAGAUUAUUUAAGAGGUUACGAAAAUUUCAGCUCAGAUUAAAUCCGACAAAGUGCACUUUUGGAGUCACUUCAGGAAAGCUACUGGGUUUCAUCGUCAGUGAAAGAGGAAUAGAAGUUGACCCGGAUAAGGUUCAAGCAAUCCGUAAUUUGCCUCCUCCCAAAACGCAAAAAAAAGUUAGAGGAUUUUUUUGGAGAUUAAAUUAUAUAGCCCGGUUCAUAUCACAGCUCACACUCAAAUGUGACCCGAUCUUCAAACUCCUUCACAAACAUAAUCCGAGGGCGUGGAAUGAGGAGUGCCAAGUUACUUUUAACAAGGUUAAAGAAUAUCUGUUGAGUCCACCAAUAUUGGUAUCACUUGUGGUCGGGAAAUCCCUCCUCUUAUACCUAACGGUAAAUGAAAUAUCCAUGGGAUGUGUGUUAGGACAGCAUGAUGAAACUGGUAAGAAAGAAAUGGCAGUUUACUACUUGAGUAAAAAGUUCACUGAAUACGAGUCCAAGUAUUCCUCGUUGGAAAAGAUGUGUUGUGCUUUAGCAUGGACGGCGCAUCGACUCAGGCAGUACAUGCUAUAUCAUACCACUUGGCUCAUUGCAAAGUUGGAUCCUAUUAAAUACAUCUUCGAGAAACCUUCCUUAUCAAGUAGAGUGGCAAGAUGGCAAGUGUUAUUGUCUGAAUAUGAUAUUGUAUAUGUGUCCCAAAAAGCUAUCAAAGGAAGUGCAAUCGCAGAUUUUCUUGCAGAAAGGGUGGAAGAGGAUUAUGAACCAAUGGAGUUUGAGUUUCCAGAUGAGGACUUGAUAUCAAUAUGCCAAACAAGUGGGGAGGAAUCGAAGAAAGAGAAUUGGAAGAUUUUCGACGGAGCUUUGAAUGCCUUGGGGCAUGGCAUAGGGGUCGUGUUAGUGUCACCAGAAGGAGAUCAUUAUCCCGUCAUAGCUAAACUCAACUUCUAUUGCACCAAUAAUGUAGCUGAAUAUGAAGCUUGUGUCAUGGGUCUUCAGGCAGCAAUCGAGAGGAAAAUUCACAUUUUGGAAGUGUAUGGGGACUCUGCUUUGGUUAUUUAUCAGUUGCGAGGAGAAUGGGAGACACGUGACUCGAAGUUAGUUCGGUAUCACAAGUAUGUAUCAAAGCUGAUUGAAAAUUUUGAUAAAAUUUGCUUCACCCAUUUGCCCUGAGAAGAGAACCAAAUGGCCGAUGCAUUAGUCACGCUGACGGCAAUGUUCAAAGUUGGUACCAAUGUCAAGAUCCAACCCAUCAUGAUUAAUCUUCGAGAGUGCCCCGCACACUGCUCUAGUGUAGAAGAAGAAAUAGACGGGAAACCGUGGUACCAUGAUAUUGUGCAUUAUCUCAAAUUUCAACAGUACCCGGAUCAAAGCUCAGAAAAUGAUAAGAAAACCAUUAGAAGGUUGGCAAUGAAUUUCUUCUUGGAUGUGAACAUCUUAUACAAGAGAAGUAGGGAUCAAACGCUUUUGAGAUGCGUGGAUUCAACCGAAGCUCGGAGAAUAGUUGAGGAAGUUCACGAAGGAGUUUGUGGAGCACAUGCAAGUGGACAUAAGUUGGCAAGACAGGUCAUGAGGGCAGGGUAUUACUGGCUCACGUUGGAAAAGGAUUGUAUAGACUUCGCUCGAAAGUGUCACAAGUGUCAGAUAUAUGCGGACAGAAUCCACACCCCUGCUAAUUCACUGCAUGUAUUGGCAUCACCAUGGCCAUUCUCAAUGUGGGGCAUGGAUGUGAUUGGGUUGAUAACCCCGAAGGCAUCAAAUGGGCAUCGGUUUAUUCUGGUGGCAAUUGACUACUUCACUAAGUGGGUAGAAGCAGCAUCUUAUGCCAAUGUGACCCAGAAAGUGGUAUGUAAGUUCAUCCAAAAGGAAAUAAUAUGCCGCUAUGGUCUCCCGGAAAGGAUCAUCACGGAUAACGCUAGUAACCUCAAUGGUUCAAUGAUGAAAGAGGUUUGUGUCAAGUUCAAGAUCAAGCAUCAUAAUUCAACGCCUUAUCGCCAAAGAUGA